GAACACAGACGCAGAGAUGGACAGCGAUUCAGCAAGCAGCGUUUACAGCGGAUCUCAGAGCUCUGUGGAGGUGAAGGAUCUCUCUCCUCCAUUUUAUCAGUUUAAAGCUUUCAUGCCUGUGGAUGAAGGUGAAGAUGCUCCAGACGAGGCCAAUAUUAAAGUCUCACAAAGGUGCUCUUGUGGAAACUGCAGACUCACUCCAGAGGAAAACGUUUGUUGUAGAGACAUACCACAGGUGAAGCACAAAUGUGGCCAGGUUAACGUAUGUUGCAUAACAAACCACCCGGGGUUUGAGCUUGUCACUCUGAACCCAGACGUCCUGCAGGUGUCUUAUUGCAGAUAUCAGGAUGUUUAUGGGAAGACACUCCCAGAUCUCAACAGCCGUAACAGACACCUGGCAUGUUUAAAUUUCAUCUUCUUGUGCUGGAGCGAUGUGGGGCAACAGACCAGAGCGGUGAUUCCCUCAUGUGUUGCUGGAAGAAUGAGACAGAAACUCCCAGAAGGAAACGAAAACUACAAUGGUUUAUUUCCCCGUCCACUUUAGGAGAAGACUUCUGUACUGAAUCACGUGUGCUGUAAAAUGCUUCAAAAUAAACUUGCGUACACAACAAA